CGAGCCACAACAGGCAGCGCAGGCCUGGACCUCUGUGCCGCCUCCACCCGGAUAUUGACUCCUGAAGAAGGCCCGAUAGUCCUCCCCACCAGCAAAUUCGGACCACUGCCCCCUGGCAUGUUUUUCUUGGUCAUCAGUAGAGCACUCACCACCCUACAAGGUGUCGUAGUGCAUCCCACCCUUGUCGACAACGACUACACAGGGGAGAUAAAACUUAUUAUAGAAUCUCCGCAUGGUCCCGUUACCAUCCCUGCCGAUAGACGCUUAGCUCAAGCCCUCCCCCUUCCUAUGAUCAGCAACUUCCCUGCGGUAGCCCAAACACGAGGCCCUUCUUCACCCGGCUCCUCCAACAUCUAUUGGGUACAACAACUUACUGAGUCCCGACCCACUCUUCAAUUAAAGAUUGAAGGAAAAACCUUCAUGGGAUUGUGUCACGGGGCAGACUCCACUGUUAUUUCCCAGGCCCAUUGGCCCUGUGCCUGGCCCCUUCAACCCUCAUCCACUCACCUGUCAGGAAUAGGUCAGGUCCAAGACACCCUCCAAAGUACUAAGCUCCUUAAUUGGCAAGAUACUGAAGGCAAUAGUGGCACUACCCGCCCCUAUGUAGUCCCGGGACUCCCCGUUAAUCUCUGGGGCAGGGAUAUUCUAGCUCAGAUGCGGCUCCUUAUGGUUAGCCCUAGUGAUGCUGUUACCUCCAUGAUGCUAAAAUCUGGAUACCUCCCAGGAAAAGGCCUUGGAAAAAAUGAACAAGGCAUCUUACACCCAAUAUCCCUCCCAGCCCAAACCGAUAAAGGAGGA